AUGUUUCGGCUUUCCUUGGCCGCCGCUGGCCUCCUGCAGGUGUUUGGCUCCCUUGUCCAGGGCAGCGCUGCUUCAGCUUCAGCUGGAGUUGGCAGCCAUGAAGCGCUUCACCGCCGCUCAUACUUUUAUGUCGGCGGGGAGUAUGUCAAUACCACUGAUGGCUGGAUGAUGCAUAACCAGAUGUACGUCGAGAAGCUCUCGCCGGCGAACGGGACCACACAGGCCUAUCCGAUUGUGAUCCUGCAUGGGGGUGCUCAGACUGGCACUAACUUCCUCAACAAGCCCGACGGCGGCCGCGGCUGGGCCUCAUGGUUCCUCUCGCACGGCUACGAGGUAUAUAUUGCCGAUAGGACCAUGACCGCACGAUCGCCCGUCCUUCCAGCAGACGGAUAUGGCGAGAGCGUGUUCUCUGCAGAGUUCAUUUCGCAGCGCUUCACGAACGUCCAGGGCUACCCACUCUGGCCGCAGGCCAAGCUGCAUAGCCAGUGGCCUGGUACCGGCGAGCGCGGCGAUCCCAUUUUCGACGCCUACUACGCCAGCAACGUGCAAUCCAUCUCAGACAGCGAGGCGCAGGAGGUCACCAUGAAGGCUGCAGGCGAGGCGCUCCUCGACCAGAUCGGCCCCGUGGUUCUGAUCACGCACUCCCAGGGCGGACUCUACGGGUGGUCUUUGGCCGACAGCCGCCCCGAGCUCAUCAAGGGCCUCAUCCAAAUUGAGCCGAAGGGCCCCCCAUUCAAGGAAGUCAUCUUCUCGAAUUCCUUCAGCCGACCAUAUGGACUUACCUCCAUCCCACUGACCUACGACCCCGCGCCGACGAACAAGACGGUCCCGCUGAGCAUGCAGACGGUCCCACCACCCAACAGUACAUCCGGCGAGCUGCUCGAAUGCAUUAUCCAGGCCGAGCCGGCGCGCCAACUGCCGAACCUCGCGCACGUACCGAUCCUCAUUGACACGGGCGAGGCGUCGUACCAUGCGACGUACGACUACUGCUUUAUCAAGUUCUUGAAGCAGGCGGGUGUGAAGAACGUGCAGCACCUGGAGCUAGGCAAGCGCGGAAUCCACGGAAAUGCGCACCUGCAGUUCCUCGAGAAGAACUCGGAUGCGAUUGCGGGUGUGUUGCAUGAGUGGAUUGGGAAUGUCACGGGCAGCUCGUGA